AUGGUCAUCGUUGUAGUUGCUGGUGGCACCGGAGGCAUUGGCCGAGCCAUCACCGAGGCUGUCCACCGUAAGGUUGGCGAGAUAAACAUGGUAAUAGGAAAGUCUAAGCUCGACGUAGUAGAGGCUUCAGAGAAGACCUCCCUGGAGUACACCCUGUUCCACGUCGGUUACUUCCUUGAUUUGUAG